AAAUCAAACCCUCCCUCCCCAACAACAAAUAGAGAAACCCUAAACCCUAAUCCUCAAAUGCUCGUUACCCAGUCCCUCGAGCGUCUCGCAGAGAAGCAUAUAGGGAGAAACCUAUACAGAAGAGAGAGAGAGAGAGAGGUGAACCUCUAAGCUUCUUGUGAUAGAGUCAAAAAUGGCUCUGUAUCUGUUGUACGAGUCGGCGUCUGGAUAUACUCUGUUUCUGGCUCACGGUCUCGACGAAAUCGGACAACACACAGAGGCAGUUCGGAACUCAGUUGCCGAUCUCAACCGAUUUGGAAAAGUUGUAAAGCUCGUAGCUUUUAACCCUUUUGAGUCCGCUCUCGACGCUCUCAAUCAAUGCAAUGCUGUCUCCGAAGGCCAUAUGACUGAUGAGUUAAGGAACUUUUUGGAACUUAGUCUGCCAAAAGUCAAGGAAGGUAAGAAGCCUAAGUUCAGUUUAGGAGUUGCAGAGCCCAAGCUUGGGUCGCAUGUUAAUGAAAUAACCAAGAUCCCCUGCCAAAGUGGCGAGUUUGUACUUGAGCUUCUUCGCGGUGUUCGCUUACAUUUUGAUAGGUUCAUUGAGAACCUGAAGCCUGGUGACUUGGAGAAAGCGCAACUUGGUCUGGGUCACAGUUACAGCAGGGCAAAGGUCAAGUUCAAUGUCAACCGUGUUGAUAAUAUGGUUAUUCAGGCAAUUUUCCUUCUAGAUACCCUUGAUAAAGAUAUCAAUUCGUUUUCCAUGAGGGUCAGAGAAUGGUACUCUUGGCAUUUCCCUGAAUUAGUGAAGAUAGUCAAUGACAACUAUUUGUAUGCUAAAGUUGCAAAACAUGUGGAGGACAAAUCACAGUUGUCUGAAGAUAAAAUACCAGGCUUGACAGAUGUAAUUGGAGAUGAAGAUAAAGCAAGAGAGAUUGUAGAAGCUGCCAAAGCAUCCAUGGGACAGGAUUUGUCCCUAGUUGACUUGAUUAAUGUCAAACAAUUUGCGCAAAGGAUAAUGGACCUUGCAGAGUACAGGAAAAAACUCUAUGAUUAUCUGGUUGCUAAAAUGAAUGACAUAGCACCCAAUUUGGCUGCGCUGAUUGGUGAAGUUGUUGGAGCUCGUCUGAUUUCUCAUGCUGGUAGUCUUACAAAUCUGGCAAAAUGCCCUUCUUCCACCCUUCAGAUCCUUGGUGCAGAGAAGGCACUCUUCAGGGCAUUGAAAACCAAAGGGAACACACCAAAGUAUGGUCUUAUAUUUCAUUCUUCAUUUAUUGGACGGGCAUCUGCUCGAAACAAAGGUCGAAUGGCUCGUUAUCUUGCAAACAAGUGCUCAAUUGCUUCUCGAAUUGACUGUUUCUUGGAGAAAAAUACUACAGCUUUUGGAGAGAAACUUCGUGAACAGGUUGAGGAGCGGCUUGAAUUUUAUGACAAUGGGGUUGCACCUCGUAAAAACAUUGAUGUGAUGAAAGUUGCCAUUGAAAAUGCUCAAAACAAAGAUACAGAAAUGGAUGUAGAUGAAGUAUCCACUGAAACUCCAGCAAAGAAAAGCAAGAAAAAGAAAUCCAAAGUCGAAGCUGCAGAAAAUGGUAAUGGUGAAGCCAUGGCCGAGGAUGAACCAGCUGCUGUUACAAAUGGAGAUGCUUCUGAGGAACCGAAAACUGAAAAGAAGAAGAAAAAGAAGGAGAAGCGAAAAUUGGAACAGGAGCCAGAGCAUGAACAGCAGAAUGCAAAUGGUGUUGAAGGGUUUAAUGCAAAGGAAGGAACGGCAAAAAAGAAUAAAAAAAAGAACAAAGAUGAGGACAGGGAGGAUCCUCCAGUUGCUAGUGAAGGUAAGAAGAAAAAGAAAAAGAAGUCAAAAGGUGAAGAUGAUGAGUGAAUUUUGUAAUGUUUGAUCUGGGUGAGGUUCAGGUAGGUAUGAUCUGUUUGGCUGCUCCUAUACUGAUUCGAUAUAUGUGAAAUGCAAGCCUCCAUUUCUUCUUCUUGUGUACAUGAAUCGUGAUCAAAAUUAGGUAUUUAAGAACUUGUUUUGUGUAGUAUAUUAAAUCCUGAAGUAGUAGAAUUUGAUUUUAAUGUUCAUUGUUUUGCCAUUGGAAUUGUUUGAUUCACGAUCUACUAAAAGGGCAAGUGGC